CUGAAUCAUCUGCCAGUCAUUUUUCAGGGCGUUGCCACUUCUCGGCAGCUGUCAGAUUGUAUCCAAAUGACAAUAACACGGAAUUGCACAGCGAGCUUUUCUGCACAACGAUGUUCGUCUAAAAUAGAGAGUGUGCUGAUAUUCCUCACCUGACCUCUCUGAUCACCCUGUGGCACAUCACAAUGGAGACAACCAACAGCUAUGUGCUGAUCCAUGGGAAGAACAUCUCCCAUAGCACCCUGACAGGGCCUGCUGCAGGACCUCACAUGUCGAUAGACAAGCUCUUCCCAGCUCUCCUGGAGUGCUUUGGCAUCAUACUGUGUGGCUAUAUAGCAGGCAGGGGUGAUAUCAUCACGGAGAGCCAGGCUAAAGGUUUGGGGAACUUUGUAUCCAAGUUUGCUCUUCCAGCACUGCUUUUUAAAAACAUGGUGCUGUUGGACUUUGGAAAUGUCAUAUGGGCAUUUCUGUGGAGUGUCUUGGUUGCUAAGGUGACAGUCUUUGUGCUGGUAUGUGUGCUGACACUGAUGGUGGCCAGUCCAGACAACAGAUACAGCAAGGCUGGUCUGUAUGCUAUCUUUGCUACUCAGAGUAAUGACUUUGCCCUUGGAUACCCUAUAGUUGAUGCUUUGUAUCGAAGUACAUAUCCAGAAUACCUCCAGUACAUAUACCUGGUUGCUCCUGUAUCCCUCAUGCUCCUCAAUCCCAUCGGCUUUGCUCUUUGUGAGGUGCAGAGGUGGAGACAGGCCAGCCAUCCACAGCAUAGUAGUCUUGGCAUCCUGGGAGUUGUUGUCUUACAGGUGUUGAAGAACCCAAUAGUGUUCAUGGUGAUAGUGGGAAUCAUCUCUCACUUUGCGCUGGGCCAGCAGAUCCCUGCUGUGUUGUCAGAGUUUAUAGAUGGUCUCGCCAACUCUUUUGGAGGGACAGCGUUGUUCUACCUUGGCCUCACUAUGGUUGGUCAGCUUAGAAAACUAACCAGAGACACUGGAGUUGCCUUGAUACUGCUCAUCACAGCCAAACUAUUGAUAAUGCCGCUGGUCUGUAAAGACAUGGUGGAUAUUCUGGACACUGGAGUGAACAGCACAAGUGCCAAUCACACAAGUUUGUCCAACUUUGCUUUCUUAUAUGGAGUUUUCCCAACAGCCCCCAGUGUGGCCAUCUAUGCUGGACACUAUAACAUGGAGUUAGAAGUGGUAACGUCAGGGAUGGUAAUCAGUACAUUCUUGUCGGCACCAAUCAUGUAUGUGUCCGCCUGGCUAUUAACAAUCCCUUUAAUGGACCCAACCCCCUUGGUUACAGAGCUUGAAAAUGUAAGCUUCAACAUCAGCAUUGUCAGCCUCAUAGCUCUGGUGUGGACCAUAGUAGUGAUGCUGCUCAGCAGGAAAUUUAACAAACUCCCUCACCUAUUUGCGCUAAAUCUAUUCCUGGCCCAGUUCCUAGUGUGUGUUAGUAUGAUCCUGUGGAACUUCUUGGUGAAACAAGAGGACAACCUGCUCGGCAAAAUUCUCACCUUCACUUUGCUCUAUGGGUCUCUUUACAGUACAUACAUUUGGACAGGUUUAAUCCCUCUCUGUCUGGCUCUGACUAACAGAGAUGAUCUGCUGAGACUCCGGCCAGGAGUCUUCAUGAUUUUGGGUUGGGGGGUUCCUUUCCUAAUGGUUGGCGGUCUUCUCAUAUCAGGAGAGAGGACUGAUACGAUAGACUCGGCCUUCUUCUAUGGCAGAGCCCAGAUAAUCAGCACUGCAGUAAUUCUUGCGGUCAGCCUGGUUCUCGGUGCAAUAUCUUUGAUGGGUCUCAGCCAGGGAGACUGGGAGCAGAGCGGCUACCAAGCCCUGAGCAGAGCUACUGUAACAGGUAUCAAUGAUGAGGUGAGGGUCCCUGGUGGCCUGGAGGAUUCACACCAACAGCAUGAGCAGACACAGAUGUCAAAUUCACCUGCCUGUGGCAUCAACUCGGACCUCCACGGUUUCUCUCCUCUCCAGCCUAUACCUGAUAUGAUAGCCAGUACGCAGAGGGACCACACGAACAGCACGGGCCACAUUGGGGCGCUGUGUGAUGGGCAUCAGCAAAAUACUUCCUCCUCUGAGCAGCCGCUGAAUCUUCCACCUCCCGGUCUUCAAACCACAGACGAUAAACAGACUGUGAGACAUGUUCUGCUCUGUCUGCUGCUCAUUGUCAGCCUGCUAGCAAACCUGUCCAGCUGUCUGUGGUGGUUGUUCAACAAAGAUCCAGGAAGGCUCUACCUUGAACUACAGUUCUUCUGUGCUGUGGCUAACUAUGGACAGGGCUUUUUGUCCUUUGGGAUUUUUGGUCUGGACAGACACCUAAUCAUCUUGCCUUUUAAGAAGAGAUUGCUUAGCCUGUGGCAGGGCAGGGACAUUGAUGAUUUGAGUCCCUCAGGUGUACCAGAGGAGGUCAGGCUCACCUGUACUCAGUUUGUCCGCUACCACAAAGACCAGUGUGUACAAGACAUAGUACACACACGCAGGUUUGGAGGAGGACUGGAGGACGAAAAUGAAGUUCUGAGACAUUCCCCAGCCCAUGAACCCCUUUACCUAAACACAAAUUCUAGUGAUCAGGGUCAGCUAAACUAUGACUCACAGGUUCUUAACCGAAACCACAAUCCAGAUAAAUCCAGCAGCCAGUGUUUGCUUCCGAGUCAACCCCACCGAGAGCCCGAGAAUGAAUCGCAAGCACAUAUUUCCAACCCUGAUGCACCAGAAACCUCCCUUGACUAUGAACCCACCAAUUCUCAGCAUGGUAAUGCUCCAAGCCCUCCCCAGUUUCAUCAGUAUCCCCAGUCCCAUAUUGAAAAUGUGUUCCGAGGCAGUGACUUAGUAGAGUGGCUGGUGGAACGAGGCCUCAGCGCUGGACGAGCUGAGGCACAGCUGUAUGGCGCCCGUCUUCAGCGGGGAGGACUGUUGACAGGUCAGCACAGCUUCAAGGAUGAACCCAACUUUCUUUAUCACUUCACACAGCCAAGACAGGAGGAAGAGUAGGAGGGAACAAGAUGAUGAUAACUGAGUGCCAAAGCAGAAGUGCCUUAUGGUGCAGCUUCUUCAAAGGUCACUUAAGAUUAAAUCUGGAUCAUAUGAGACACUCAUUUGCCCACCAGUAUUGGGUUAUUUGUCCUUGUAUAUUCAGGGUGGUUCCCAGUUGAAUAUCAACUUAUUAGCUAAUCGGGAGAGAGGUUGCGUUUACAGUUGAUUUAGAACAGGAGUGGGGAACUCCAGACCUCAAGGGCUGGUGUCCUGCAGGUUUCAGAUGUGUCCUUGAUCCAACACAGCUGACUCAAAUGGCUAAUUUACCUCCUCAACGUGUCUUGAAGUUUUCCAGAGGCCUGGUAAUGAACUAAUCAUUUGAUUCAGGUAUGUUGACCCAGGGUGAUAUCUAAAAGCUGCAGGACAUCGGCCCUCGAGGCCUGGAGUUCCCCAACUCUGUAUUAGAAGAAACUGAAGGAAAUUGAUGGUUGGGGUUUAGGAGAAAUUUAAAAAGGGGGAAACAAUCACUUCCUGCUGUUACUUGACUCCUUUUGGUUCUGGAAAGAGACUUUUGAAAUUUUAUUAUGACUAUUAUAUUCUUAUAUUGUAGUUUCAUCAAUUGUUUUGCUCUCAGUUUUCUCACUGGGAUCACUCUGAGAUGUAAACAGUAUAGAAUCAGUCCCAAUUGUAGCAGGUGCAAGUUUUUAUUUCCUUGAUUGCUUUCUGGAUAUAUUUUUUAAAGAAAUUAACUUAAAUGAUCAUGCUUAAAUAAAUAAUAUUUAAGAUAAGCAUGCACAUGGUGAGAAGACCAGAAAAGAGGUCCGUAAACUGAUGGGACUACUCAAUGACAGCCUGAGCCAUUUCUAUCAAAGAACAAUGUCAUAUUUUCUUUCUGGCGACAUUAAAGCGUCCAGAAUCUGCCUGUUAGUUCAGUAUCAUUUUGCACGCUGUGUUUUUUAAAAGCUCCAGUCUAUGCUGACCACUUGCAUGACUCAGCAGUAUGGACUUGAGCUGUUUGCACUGACUGAAUAAACACAUUCUUCACUUUUUUUUAAAUUAUGCAACUCACUGGAUAGCUGUCUCUUGGUGGUGCUGCAGAGGAAGUUUGUUUUCUUUGCAACUGUAAUUGUGUUGCAGCUGUUUAGUUUUAAAUAUUUGUUCAGGACUGAUUUUAAAUUCACUCAUCCAUGGUGGAGCACCACCUCAUAUGGGCUUAAUUUGAGAAUUCAGCCAAAAUUCCUCUCAUGUUCUUUGAUUUUGAGCCCAACCUACACAACGGAAGACAAAAGCACGUACAGUAGUUAUUGGGAUGACAAAUCUGUCCAUUUGAAUGAAAGACAGGUAAAGCCAGAGGGCUCACGUUGUCACAGUUACAGUCCUGUUUUUGUUUCAAAUGGCUUAUCUUUCUUUACAAACGACUGCUAAACUGUUUACACCUGUAAUAAAGUUCCACUACUCUGUCCAUUUAAAAAAAACAAACAAACAAACAAAAAAAUCCUGUUCAAAAUGUGUCGAGUCUACGGUAGCAAAGUCUGCGGUCACUGUAGACGGUUACGUCUUUUCAUUGGCCCGGAGUCUACGGUGAACAUAGACACUCUACACUCUGGCCCAAUAGGAGCGCUGAAUCCCGCUGUAGACUAGCCAGCAUCUAAUGUAUUACCCCCAUUUUUAGUCUUUUCAGUGGUGACACUAGAAAUUUGUGUUGUAAAUCCAGAUGCCCCUGCAUAUCGUCAGCAGGCCGGGUGAUGUGAUCUUAAGAAAACAAUGAUUAGAAUAAAAUGUGCUUAAGUUUGUUUAGAUGAUAGGGUCCAGCUGUAAAUCAGAGGAAUAAGAAAGGAUUUGUGCAUGUGUGUGCGUGUUUUAGGUUGGUUUAGCUAUAGGCCUGAGUGUGUGUGUGUAAUCUGUAACUGUAAUGUAACAGUGGGGGUCUGCCUGUCAUAAAAGGAAAUAGGAAGCCACAGUUGGGGGAUGCUAGGAAUGUAUGGAACAGAUGGGAAACAGAGAAGUUUGUUAAACUUCUCCCUGAGGUGCAGAGAGGGUACGGCAUACCUCCACACAUCCUGUUUUAUAGAGGCCUGAGCAUUUGUGUCUCUCACACACACACACACACACACACACACACACACACACACACACACAUCAGCUAUGUGUAUCCAUAUAUGGUAAAUUAGGAAAGUUGUGUUGGAUGCUGAAAAUGACCAUUAGGUGUGCGGCCACCAAGUAUAAAUGUAAGGAUCUGCAGGACUGCCCCUCAGAUCUGCCGGUGACAUCGCAUGAUUACAUCACAUGUAAUAUACACUGAUAAUGCUUACUGUCGUGUCAUUGUAAACCAGAGUGUAGUAUUUAUUUUUACUGUAAACCAGUAAAAAAAACCAAAAAAAACCCCAUGGGAUCAUGCUGAAGACCACAGACAGCAGUUCAGGCAUCAGGUGGGAUAAAGUAGCUGGAAACAUCAGCUGAUAAAGAAAAAAGGACAACAGACCGAAUGAAAAACAGAAGUGUCCUUCAUUGCAUAUUUUUAACCAAUCAGAAGUCGGUGAUUGGUCAAAAGUCUAGAGUGAAUGAAGGGGACUUCUGAAAUCGGAGUAAUGACACGUACGAGGGAAACGAUAAACAAAGAUUCUCCAGAUCGUUUACUCUUGCUGUCCUGUGAAGAGCAUUGGCGUGGUGUUAAUUGUUUGCUGUUUUGCGAUCGUCUCGUGCAUGAGAAUAUCACCAGGUAAACUCGCGACAUUUUUAAACAUUUUUUUUGUUUAACAGCAACAAGACUGAUGGUGUUUGAGGUAAUCUCACAAAUGUCACAGAUGUAAUAUUUGGUGUUUAUUUGCUGGUUGCAGUCUACCACACAUCUGUGGGCCAGACUCUACAGUGUCUACAUUCACCGUAGACUCGGGCCAAUGAAAAGACGUAACCGUCUACGGUCACCGUAGACUUUGCGCUACCCGAGACUCGACUUCUCUGGAUAGUGAACACGAUCCCAGUAGUGCUCCAGACCCAGUGUGUUUCCUUUGUGUUUGGAAAUCGCAGAUGUGCAUGUGAAAGUGGUCAAACUGGGAUAUUCAAGGAGUGUCAUCCUCAGGUGACAUUAAAGCAGGCUUGAGCUGAAUUUAAAAAAAAAAAUUAAAUGGUUGUUUGAUGCAAUUUUAUUAUUAUUACUUUUUAAGUGGGCAGAGUUACAAAACUGUGUGGUUGCACUUUCGUAAAUGCCUGUUACUUUGCUGCUGUUUUACACUAUUGCUACUAUGAAGUUUACAGUGUGUUGGCGAAGUUAUAGAAGGUGGAUGGUAAUAUAUGCAUGUUUAAAAAAAAAAUGUCAGGGACACAGAUCAUGUUAAUGUCAAACUAAUGUUUGCUGUGAUUUUUUUGUUGACCUACUAAUGUAUUUGGUCCCCAUGCAUAUAUUUCCAUCUUUUGAUCCUGUGCCAACAAACACCAUACUGGUUCAUGCAAUCAACAUCAGGUCCUUGUGUUUAUGAUGUUUGAUAAAAAUGUGAUUUACCUUUUUUUUAAAGAGUGCCUGCCUCAGUUAACAUGAAGGUGUGUGUGUGUGUGUGUGUGUGUGUGUGUGUGUUUGUGUUUGCAUGAACAAAAAUGUCUGAGUUUCUGUGCGGAGUGUGUAUGCGCGUGUUGCAAAGCACCGAGAUAAAGUAAGACAUUUUAAUGUCGGUCAGCAGGUUCAGUGUAACAGUGGAUGUUUUUAGUGUGUUGCUUUAAGUUAGUCGGGGUCAGUGACUGUAACAGAAGACAAAUAAAAAAUGUUUGCAUCCAAA